AUGGUGAAGGCAGAAAACAGCAAGGCACCAUGGGAAGGGGCGACAGAAUCAAGAUCAACCUGUGAAAGGAUUUUUGUUUAUGAGAGGAUUGUAAAUGUAUCGGUGCUGUUAGCGAUAUUGCCACUCAUUGGAGAAUAUGGAUUUGCAGUUUUCUCUCCAUGGAAGUGUUUCCCCACGAUAUUUUCUUCAGUGUUUAUACUUUACUCCAUUAGUUAUCUUUUUGAAACCGGGAUUGGAUCUGGUUUGCAGUCCAACUCAAAUGUUAACAAGCUUGGCAAGAGGAAAAGAACGGAUGACUGCCAAACAAAGUGUGACUCACACUUUCUGAAAUCUCUACCAAAAAAUUACUCAAACUUUAUGAAAAGUGGACUGCCAAAAUGCCUUCUCUUUUAUCAGAAUGGCGAAUGGAAUAAUUUUCCUCAGGAUGUUAUUGAUGCUGUAAAAGAAGAUUUUCUGGCAAAGAAGGCUGCAAUAGAGGUACAGCUUAGCGAUUCUCAUAUAAUACUAGAUGUUCUACAUAUGGUUAAAGUAGAUUUGGAAACAGGUUUACAAAAGCCUAUUGCAUGGAUCGAUGAAGCCGAUAGAUGUUUCUUUCCAGAGAUAUAUUCUGCCAAUGUUGAAAUGCAUGAUACCUGUUUAACUGAGACUAAAAGAGAUGAAGAAUUUGUUGGUGACAACCAAAAUGGAGCUUUUGAAAUAAAUUUGCAUCUUGAGAUAGGAGUUAAUGGACUGAAUAAUUGUAAUAUGGAGGAAUGUGUGGAAGAAUCAAAUGUCAGUGCAAAGAAGGUGAAAAUUAACCAAAUACAUCUCCAAAAUAACUCUGAAGUUUCCGGUGACCACAAAGAUAAACAAAUAUCUGAUGCAAAAAGAGGACAGGGUUUCGACGAAAACAAACUGAUUGGAGAAGAAAUUUCUUCUAAAUUCAAACCUGCUCUUAAAACUAUGGAUUCAGAUGCUGUAAGAAGCAUGUUUCUCAUGGGUAUGAGUCCACUUGGAAAAGUGGAAAUUGUUGAAAUUAGCAAAUGCUUUAGUAACAUGUUGCAAAACCGUUUGGAACUGUUCAAGAAGCAGGUUGAAAUCACACAAAUGUAUCGCGGGAACCCAAAUGUUCAGUAUGCUUGGUUUGCUUCUUCCAAACAUACAGUUCCUAGCAUUACGAUGUACGGUUUUGGGCAUGGGGGACCUGAAUUUACGACCAAAUAUGGUCAUGGAGCUCACCUUACUGCUGUAAAUAGUGCCUAUGCCAGUGCAAGUUAUUGUGAUGUUGACGAAAAUGGAGUGCAACAUAUGUUGCUUUGUCGCGUCAUAUUAGGAAAUACGGAACUCUUGCAUCCCGGAUCUCAACAAUGGCAUCCCAGCGACGAAAUAUAUGACAAUGGUGUUGAUGAUUUGAAAAAUCCGAGUCAUUAUAUUAUUUGGAAUGUGAAUUUGAACACACACAUCUAUCCAGAAUAUGUUAUUAGCUUCAGGGUAUCUCCUGGUGCCGAAGGACCUUCGGUUGGCGAGGGGAGCAGGCUUGAUAUGUCCGGAAUCACGAGUCAGGGACCACAGGGCAAGUUACUGCUAGAUUCAUCUCCGGAUGAAUGGGGGAGAAAUUGUGACACACAUGAAUUCAUGAACAAAUUUCCGCAAGGGGCCCCUAGCAUUGGGUUGACUACCUCCAAGGCUCCUAAAUCACCUUGGAUGCCUUUUGCUAUGUUAUUUGAAGCUAUUUCUAAUAAAAUUUCUCCUGAGGAGAUGAAAUUGGUGCAUUCUCAAUAUGCCUUGUUCAGGAUCAAGAAAAUCACGCGAGAUGAGUUUAUUAGAAAGUUGAGAUUGAUGGUGGGAGAUCAGCUGUUGAAAUCAACUAUAAUUGGUCUCCAAUCCAAGACACCGACCAACCCUACAUUUUCUAUGGAAGCUCCUAAGCAGGAGCAAGGGUUUUGA